GGAUACCCACCUAUAUAAAGCUCUUUAGUUCCAUGACCUUGACGGUUACACGAACUCUGAAACUGCAACAGAAUCUCUUCUCAACACGUACUCUGAGCCUAUCAUUGUUAAAGUCUCUUUCUUCAAUUUCCAGGGAGCGGAAACCUGAAGACCAGGAUAGGAGAGAAUUUGCAGAAGAAGCAAAGACCCACAACAGUAAUCUUUUGUUGGUGCAUGAAAACAGAGAAAUAUUGACUAUGGAUCUCGAUGACUAUACCAUUAUCAAGGAAGGGGAGGCUGAGAUUCUCAUGCAUAACAAAAACAAAGUGUUUUUCAACAAAGCUCAGGUGCACAACAGAGACUUAUCCAUUGCUGUCCUAAGGACUUUUAUAUCUAAACGCAAAGAGGAACAUGAAGCAAGGUUGUCCAGAAGAACAAAACCAGUAAAAAAGGCAUCAGAGAAAGAUGCUUCUGGAUCUAGUAAGCCUGCUGCAGAUAAUGAAAAAUCAAAUGGAGAAUGUGAAGAAAAGGUAUCUGAGAAAGAUGCUUUGGGAUCUGCUGCUGAAGAGGUUACUAAUGAGCGUGCUGAGGAUAAUGAAAAAUUAAAUGGAGAAUGUGAAGUACCAGAAGAGAUAACAGAGGACAGACCUUGUAGCUUAACAGAAGAACAAAUGAUGACCACAGAGCGCAAAAGUCAAGGGGUGCUGGAGCCUCCAAGAGUUCUUGAGGCAUUGUCAGCUUCUGGGUUGAGAGCUCUAAGAUAUGCUCGUGAGGUUGAAGGGAUUGGUCAAGUUGUGGCCUUGGACAAUGAUAAAGACUCUGUUGAAGCUUGCAGGAGAAACAUAAAGUUUAAUGGUUCAAUAGCAAUUUCAAAGGUGGAAUCACAUCUUGCUGACGCUCGUGUAUAUAUGCUUACCCACCCAAAAGAAUUUGAUGUGGUGGAUCUUGAUCCUUAUGGAUCACCUUCAAUAUUUUUGGACUCUGCAGUUCAAUCUGUUGCUGAUGGCGGCUUGUUGAUGUGUACAGCAACUGAUAUGGCAGUGCUUUGUGGAGGUAAUGGCGAGGUUUGCUAUUCCAAGUACGGCUCUUAUCCAUUGAGAGGGAAAUAUUGCCACGAAAUGGCUUUGAGGAUCCUUCUUGCCAGCAUAGAGAGCCAUGCAAAUCGCUACAAGCGCUACAUUGUUCCUGUGCUUUCUGUCCAAAUAGACUUCUAUGUUCGAGUUUUUGUUCGUAUAUACACUUCUGCAAGUGCAAUGAAAAACACUCCUCUUAAGCUCUCCUAUGUUUAUCAAUGCAUUGGUUGUGAUUCUUUUCAUCUUCAGCCUAUUGGGAGGACCAUCUCUAAGAACAACAGUGUGAGGUAUCUUCCUGGGUUUGGUCCUGCUGUUCCUCAAGAAUGCAGUGAUUGUGGGAAGAAAUUUAACAUGGGUGGACCUAUAUGGUCUGCUCCCAUUCAUGAUCAAGAAUGGGUGAGUUCCAUACUGGGAGGUGUAAAAUGCAUGAAGGACCGCUAUCCUGCUUAUGAUCAUAUCUCUGCAGUACUGACAUCAGUAUCUGAGGAAUUACCUGACGUUCCUCUCUUUUUAAGUCUGCACAACCUUUGUGCAACACUAAAGUGCACUUCCCCACAAGCAGUGAUCUUCCGCUCUGCCGUGAUCAAUGCAGGAUACCGUAUAUCUGGUACACAUGUAAAUCCAUUAGGGCUAAAAUCAGAUGCUCCCAUGCAUGUCAUUUGGGAUAUAAUGAGAUGCUGGGUAAAAAUUCAUCCCGUGAAAGCUCAAGCACCUGAUCAACCAGGAAGUGUGAUACUUGCCAAAGAACCAGUUCUUCAAGCAAAUUUUGCUCGAGCUGUUGCAUCUCUUAGCAAGGCACAAGCAAAGAAGGUUGCUCGCUUCCUUCCAAAUCCUGAAAGGCAUUGGGGGCCAAAACUUAGGGCAGGUCGUCAAAUUACUAGCAAACAUGUCUCCCUUUUGGGUCCAGAGGCAGUGAAUGGCCAUCUUAAUCAUGAAAAUGGUGAAGAGGAGGAGCCUGAAGCAAAGCGUCAAAAGACGGAGGAUGUGGAGACUCCUAUGUCAAUUUCAUGAGAAUGAAGUUCAGUUCUUUAUUACUGUGCCACUAAACCGGAGAUGACAUAGAUGUUUCCCCUGUUCUCCGAUUGUGAAAAUAUAAUUUCUGGAGAUAGAAGGUAAAAUAUAUUCUCCCCAAGUGCUCCCCACUUAAAUGAAAUUUGAAAUGCUGUUGAAGUUAACAACUCUGGCAGAACUAGAAGCUCUCUUCCACCAAUUUUGAGUUUGAUGUAAGAUGUUAAUUGUUUCAUGCUAUUUAUAUUAUUAUUAUUUAUUGACUCGCAA